AUGAAGACAUCGCUGUUCGCCGCCGCUGCUGCCGCCGCCCUGUGCCGCAGUGCCCGCGCGGCCACUCCCGCAGAAUGGCGUUCCAGAUCCAUCUACCAGGUCCUCACUGAUAGGUUUGCUCGUACCGACGGCAGCACCACUGCCACCUGCAACACCGAGGACAGGGUCUACUGCGGUGGAACCUACCAGGGCAUCAUCAACCACCUGGACUACAUCCAGGGCAUGGGCUUCACCGCCAUAUGGAUUUCGCCCGUCGUCGAGAACCUGCCCGAGGAUACCGGCGAGGGCGAGGCCUACCACGGCUACUGGCAGCAGGAUCUGUACAGCCUCAACACGAAUUUUGGCAGUGCCGAUGACCUCAAGAACCUCGCAGCCGAGCUGCACGACCGCGACAUGUACCUCAUGGUUGAUAUCGUCGUCAACCACAACGGCUGGGCGGGCUCAGCAAGCUCCGUGGACUACAGCCGCUUCAACCCGUUCAACUCCCAGGACUACUACCACUCCUACUGUGUCGUCAACUACGACUCCCAAGACAGCGUCGAAGACUGCUGGCUCGGAGACGACACGGUCGCCCUGGUGGACCUCAACACCGAGGACUCUCGGGUCGUAUCGGGCUACGAGACGUGGAUCUCAGAACUCGUGGCAAACUACUCCAUCGACGGCCUGCGCAUCGACACAGCCAAGCACGUCGACAAAGCCUUCUUCCCGGGCUUCGAAACCGCCGCCGGCGUCUUCGCCACGGGCGAAGUCUUCGACGGCGACCCCUCCUACACCUGCGACUACCAAAACUACCUCGACAGCGUCCUCAACUACCCCCUCUACUACCCGCUCAUCCGCGCCUUCACCUCCCCCACCGGCUCCAUCUCCGACCUCGCCUCCAUGAUCGCCACGCUCAAGUCCGGCUGCAAAGACACGUCGCUGCUCGGCACCUUCUCCGAAAACCACGACGUCACGCGCUUCGCGGCCGUCACGCCGGACCUCUCGCAAGCCAAGAACGUCCUCGCCUUCACCCUCCUCGCCGACGGCAUCCCCAUCGUCUACGCCGGCCAGGAGCAGCGCUACGCCGGCGCCGCCGACCCCGCCAACCGCGAGGCCACCUGGCUCUCCGGCUACGCCACCGGUACGAAUUCCGAGCUCUACGGCUUCGUCGCCGCCGCCAACGCCAUCCGCGCAAAGGCCGUCGCCGACGACCCGGCCUACCUCACCUACCAGAACUGGGUCGUCUACAGCGACGCGUCGACGCUGGCCAUGCGCAAGGGCUACGACGGCGCCCAGGUCGUCGCCGUGCUGAGCAACAAGGGUUCGGGCGGCGAUGCGUACACCCUCGACCUCGCCGACACGGGCUGGACGAGUGGGACUGCCGUCGUUGAGGUCCUGACGUGUGAGACGGUCACCGUGUCGGGCGAUGAUACUGUCCCCGUGCCCAUGGCCAGCGGGUUGCCGAGGGUUUAUUAUCCGCAGGCGAAGCUGGUGGGGUCGGGGAUCUGUGACUUGUGA